AGUACGUCGUUGACGGCUUUGAUAACAUUAUUUUGCAAUACGGUAAUUAGUAUGAAUACAACAAUACCGUGCGUGUAAAAUACCUAAUAAUUACGGCAAAUUUUUGAAUAUGUUCGUCGUUUUUGGAUCGAUUCAUGAAAUGUGUAAAUCAUUAUGAGUUUUUUGUCAAUUAAUUGUUGUUUCCGUAUUCUAUAUAUUUCUUAAUUGAACAAUUUGGUCCGGAAUAUUAUAUUGAAGAUAAAAAAUGAAUAAAGAUGGGAACUUUGACGUAAAAUAUAACAAACAGUCUUAUAAUAUAUACGAAUUUUUAAAUAACCAUCCAGGAGGUAUUAAUUAUGUCAAACCUUAUAAAGAAAAAGAUGUUUCUAAACCUAUGAGUCUUUAUGACCACUCAAAAGCUGCCUAUUACCUUUUAGAAGAAUACAAAAAAGGAGGAAGGAGGAAAAGUCAUGAAUCAGAGGAAGACUUAGAAAGGUUAGUUAAUUGGGACAAGCCAAUGUUUAGUCAAGUUGGAAAAUUAGGUACAAAAUAUUAUGAAUGGGUGACGUCACCGGUCGAUAGACAUCUACAAUUAUUCGGCAAUCCAAUUUUGGAAUAUAUGACCAUAACUCCUUGGUAUAUAGUACCUAUAGUUUGGGUACCUAUCUGUAUAUAUUUGACUAUAAAAGGAGCAGAGCAUUACACACUCAUUACUAAUGAUACUAGUCCAUACGUGCCAGUAGUAUUAGCUUUUAUACAGGGUGGCCUAAUGUGGACCUUGAUUGAAUAUAGUUUGCAUAGAUGGGUUUUUCAUAUAGAACCUUCUGGCCAUUCCAAAGCUAUGAUAUAUUUUCAUUUUACAAUCCAUGGACUGCAUCAUAAAGUACCAUUCGAUUCAAGAAGAUUAGUUUUUCCGCCGUUUCCUGCCGCCAUAAUCGUAUACAUUUUAUAUAAAUUCAUUGGACUUUUUAUUCCAGAAUCUAAACACCUUUUAGUACUUUCGGGUGGAAUAGCAGGAUACGUAAUUUAUGAUAUGAUCCAUUUCUAUCUUCACCAUGGUUCACCACAAGAAAACAGUUAUUUUUAUCACUUAAAACGAUAUCACAAUCAGCAUCACUUUGCUCACCAUGACAACGGCUUCGGUAUUAGCAGUACAAUAUGGGAUAAAGUAUUUGGAACCGCUAUAAAAUUGAGGCAAUUAAGUAUGGGUAUUAAAUGGUGAAUGCCUACGUCAGAAUAUCAAUUGCCUUGUGUGUUCGUUGUUUGUGUGAUUUUCCUUAGGUAACUUAUAAAUAAUAUUUGAUAAGAGUCCUAUUAUUUUUUGAAAAAUCGUUUAUAAACAAUAAAGUCUAUUAUUUUUAUUUUAAAUAAAACAAAA